CACAUGUAGCCUACAUUCUCACAUUUAGACCAGCGGCCAUUCAUGUUGUUGGACUACUGCUGUCGUUGUUGUGGAUUCACACUCAUAAAACGCCAUGGACCCCUUUCCCUCAAGGCUACACCCAGUGACACCUGGGUAAGGAAGCUGUGUGAUGUUGUCCUGCAGAAUCUGUUGAUGUGUAUGGUGUGCUUCUACUCUCUCUACUACAUCGCGGUCAGUCUCUGCAUCGGACUGCUCAGGGUUCAUGAGAUCAACAGCUUGUUGACGCCGUUCGACUACACAGCACAACCGUCAUGGCAGAACCCCAAAUACCUAGUUGGUGUAAUCUCUACAGAAGUCACCUAUGUUUUGGGAGGGCUGGUAUUCGCCUGGAUCGUAGAGGAGUGGGUUUGGGAUUACGCCAUAACUGUCACACUGCUGCAUGUCGCCAUGACUGUAGCAGUGAUGUCAGAUUUCCCUUCAGCUGAACAGUGGUGGAUUGCUCUGGCUUCAGGCCUGGUGAUGAUGAUAUUCGGAGGACAGCUCCUGGCCUACAAACUCUUCAGAAGCAACUUUGUUUAUCCUACUGAACUACAGAACUUCUAACAAACACAACGAGGAAAGCUUUUAAAUGGCUUAACUGUUAAUCUCAUAAAACCCGCUGGAUUCACUUUCAAAGAUUGCACAGCUAGGUUCAUCAUAACUAUUAGCAUGAGCAACUUCAUUCUAUCUAUAAAGUGUAUAUUUUCUAUAAAAACAGUUUCUCUGCUAGAUAACUCUAUUAAUCAGCCCAUAGUCAGGUCUCUCCUUGUACAAAUGACCCAAAUCUGUCUGUAUAACUCCAAUGUUUUAUAAAUCUGUACAGUUUUAAUAUCGUUUUGUAUUGUUUCUUUACAAACUUCACGCUGUAAGCCAAAGAUAAUUCUACAACAGAUGACACCUGUAGCUCUCUGUAAGACUGUAUGCACGGCUGCUUAAUAUGACCAAGUAAAAAGACAACUAUGGUGUUUAUAUUUAAGUUGAGUUGAAUGUUUUUAGUUUCAGUGUUAGCUUGAAAUUUAAUGUGCUUAGUGUACAGUGCAGUUUGAUAAAUAGAAAUAACUUAUUGAGACAAAAAGAAAAAUAUGUGCUGUGUUGUGACAAAAAUGUUCUUCCAAAUCUUUAUCCUUUUGGAGCUUUACCUGAAUAGAUAGAUUCUUCAGGUUUCAUGUUUAGAUGCAACGAAGAAACUUGACAAAUCCAUGAUGAUUUGAAUACCUGUUGUAUAUAUUAGUUAAAAUUAUAUCUACAUUAAAUACUUUAAGCAAA